AACUUAUAUGUUUUUUAAAUUUACUAAAUGCAAAUUUCACAAUUGCAAAUACGAAAGGUCCAGCCUAUAAAAUAGGUGCCAUUCAAGUGCCGCGGGCUUUCUUUGGUCUUUUUGGCGUAGAUAUGGAUCGCUCUAAACGUUCUCCUCAAGGAGAGAUUGUCCGUACAUUAACAGAAUUUCUUGAAGUUGCCAUCAAUUUUGUGGUUUAUGUUCGGGGUAUCUAUCCUGCAGAGGCUUUUGAGAGAAGAAGGUAUAUGAAUAUUCCAGUGCAAUGCGCUCGCCCCCCUAUCCUCAGAGAUUACAUCCAUUCGAUUGUUCAGAGUCUCCAAACUUAUAUUGAUAAGGACAUGGUAGAGAGAGUGGCUAUAAUUUUCAGCGACAAAAAUCAAAUUCCAGUUGAGAAAUUCGUUUUCCGGUUGAAUGUGAAUAAGUCAUUUAAGUCAGAUUUUCUGGCAAAUGAUGUUGAAUAUGCUUUAAGAGCUUUUCUUAUAAAGCUGUCAGUUUUUGAAUCGAGGCUUCAGCCACUUCCUGAUGAUUGUGCAUGGGAAAUAGUAGGCUACUUCAAGCAGCUACCUGGGAAUAGCAGUGACGGGGGACAGUUAUGGAUACCAACAGAUACUAAACAUUGGCAGCAGCCUCCAUUGAUUACCCCUGUCAAGUCAAUGAGUAGUGAACCAUUAGAUGUGCAAUUGUAUGUGGAACAUCCUUCAGAAUCCGAGAGGAAACUGUAGUUCUGCUACUUUAGUGGCUCUUGAUGAUUGGGUUGCACUUGUAAUAAUGCCUUGGUAAACUAUUUUGAUUCUCUAUUUAUAUUAGAGUUAACCUUUAUGUGGAUGCAAGUUAGUGUUUAGUAUUACUUUCAUUCUGUAAAUCCUUGUGAAAUGGUAAUAAAUUUAUAAUAGUCAUAUGAUUUA